CUUUACAGAAAGGCCUAGGUUAAAUGGCGAAGUUGUUAUAUUAGAAUGCAAUCUAAUAAGAUUGAUUAGACUGAUAUGCAAUCCUAAGAAUUUUUUCAUUGAAUGGAUUCAUUUUUUGUAUAAAUAAAUUUAAAUGCGUAUAUGUAUACAAAUAAUAAUUGCAAAUGUUGAAUAAAGUUGGGGGAAAAGCCCAAGAUAUUCGUGUAAUCGUCAUUUAGUCAUACAAAUUGGCGGAUGGAUAUACAAGUAGAUUUGCAUACAUAUAUCAACAUUCAGAAUUUUUAUAAUUACUUUACAAGGUGCCAGAUGCCUUUAAUGUUUUUAAAUAAUGGUACAAAAGAAUUAUUACAAGUGUCAUAUCAUGUUUUUAUAAAAAUGUAUAUGAUCGCGGAUUUAUAUAAGUAGGGGUGUUGUUUGGUCAUUCUUACUCUGACGUGUUGCCGAGUGAAGUAUUUAGAAUGUCUGAAAAGAGAGACCUGGCACAGAAUCCCUUUACUGCACUGUUUACAAGUGUGGACCAUGCAGAACAGUUUAGUGCACAGUCUUUGGCAACACCGAAUGAGAAUCCACAAGACAAAGAGGAUGACACACAAAACAAAAUGGAUAUCAAUUGGAUGAUAGAGACAGUUUUUCUCAUCACAUUAGACAAAGAGGUAUUUCCUUAUGAUGACAGACCUUCCAGGUGUGUUUAUAUGUCGGAAAUGUUUGAGACACUUGAGGGACAGACCUGGUGGGAAAUGAACAACCUAGAGCAGGCUGUGUUUGAGAGAUUGUUGUUGCCAAAUCCUGGAGCAGAUGUGAUUAAUUUGAGUAAAAAAGAUGAUCUGAAUGCUGCAUCUUUGGCAGGGGAAUCACAAGUUCUUAGAUACCUGUACCAGUGUUAUAUAAGGCAGCAUAAACUUCUCUCACAGAAGAUGAACCUGUCCCGUGAGCUGGAAACUUGCCGUAAUGUUAUUCUGAUGAACGCAAGGAUAUGUCUGCAACAGUGUGAACUUUAUCCCACUCAGAAUCCACACCAGCAGUUCCUUGACUUAUAUGAGGAGGAGACUUGUUUUACACUGAGUUCGGAUGGUGACCUCCUCCUUCGGUUCUUUGAUGAACUUGUCCAGCAGAUUGAGGACAAUGCUGAAGACGGUUCCGUGCCACAGGUUUUUCAGCCUGUCCUACAUAUCAUCAUGAGUCGUCUAACCAAGGAACUCUCCCUUCUUAACCCAGGAGUCAUCAAAGCCAUUGACUUUCUCUCCUUCUUUACCAGGAAACCAAGUCUGGCACAGGUUCUCCUGGAUCAUUCCUCACCUAAAGACUGGAACAAGGGCAAGGCUUACGAGCAGACUUUGUUAGGUUCUCUCUUUUCCCUGAGCUGUAUACCCAGGACGGAACUGGGCCCUUAUGAGUUCUUCGAAAAUCCAUCCACAAGGACAAAACAAGAUAUUGAAGCUACAGAAUCAAGUAUUCAGCAGCCUUUGACCAACAUGUGUGAAAAAGUUUACCAGCUGUUGUUUGCGAUCAUCAAACUCUCUCCUGACCAUCGUCACAGAAUUCUGCAGUGGUUGGGGAAGUGUAUAUAUGCCAAUCUUGGGAGAACAAAGAUCUGGUCAUCUCAGAUGCCCCAGCUGUUUACACAGAUGUAUGCUUCUGAUGGAUUCUGUCUCAACCUGUGUUCCAUCAUGUUGAGACUCUGUAAACCAUUUUCAGAACCCAAGUCUGCAAAACUGCUGAAGAUCCAGCCCACCUACUGUAGGAUGGUAGCAGCCAGUGACAAACAGGCUAAGGAGAGGGGGAUACAUGCAGAAGGACUUCCAAAGGAGACCUUCUUAAUCCCUAAUGAAGAAAAUCAAACUCCAUCAACGGAGGAGACCUAUAAUUUCAUCACCGAGUGUUUUUUCUUGACUCAUCAGUGUAUUCAUAUGAGUUUUCAUGCAGUUCAUGAAAAGUUUCUCAAACUAAAUCAAGAGCUUCAUAGAGUUCAAAGGUUAUACAAUGAGGUCAGAGGUCAAGGGAAUGAUGAAGUUGAACCAGUACGCAGCAUCAAAAAACAAAUGGAAAAGGGUAUGACCCUUUACCUCUGUUUAAAAACAGCAUUAACAGAGCCAAGACUUUUAGAAAUGUCUUUCAACUUUCACCUCGCCACUGCUACAUGGCUAUCAGAAAUCGCAAUAAAUGAAGACUGUAAGACAUUCGAAUCUGUGAAGUUCCCAUUACCAGAAAUAGUGCCGUCAACAUUGACAUGUGUACCCGAAUUCAUCAUGGGGAAUGUCACGGAUUUCACUCUUUUUCUUCAGAGAUUUAAAGAGGAUAUGUAUGAGGUGGCAGGUGACAAGUUGGAGAACCUUAUGACCCUCAUUCUCGUGUACAUGGGGAGUCCUGAGAGGAUGAAAAACCCUCACCUGAGAGCGGAACUGGCGGAGACGUUGGCCGCCCUGCUUCCUGCAGAGUCAGGGUCAUCAGCCAAGGGAAUCAUGUCAUGGUUUUCCCGAGAACAGCUGUUUGUGAAGCACCCACUUAUAGAGCACCUCGCGGAGAAGCUCCUGAAUGUGUUUGUCAGUAUAGAAAUGACUGGACAGAGUGUUCAGUUUGAACAGAAAUUUAACUAUAGGAGACCCAUGUACAUGGUGUUGGAGCACAUAUGGGAGAUAGCUCUUCAUAGAAAGUGUAUCAAAAGAUUGGCAGGAGAGGCAGAAACAAGAAUAGAGGACACUGAUCCUCCAUUGUUCCUUCGUUUUAUCAACCUCCUUAUAAAUGAUGCCAUAUUCCUCCUGGAUGAAGCCUUUGAUUACAUGACGCAGAUAAAGGACAAACAGGCAGAGAAAGACCGAGGAGAUUGGAACAGCCUGGAACCCCAGCAGCGCCAAGAGAACGAAAACACCCUCCGCCAGGUAGCCAUGCUUGCACGCUACCACAACAUGAUGGGCAACUAUACCAUUCAUUCAUUGGAACUGGUAACCAGGGAGAUUAAAUCUAUUUUCUGCCAUAAAUCCAUGGUGGACAGAAUCGCAGGCAUGCUCAACUACUUCCUUCUACACCUGGUUGGUCCUAAACAGAGAAAUUUCAAUGUGAAAGACAAGAAUGAGAUUGAGUUUAAACCUCAUCAAAUGGUGUCAGACAUUACUCAGAUUUACUUAAACCUUGGUGAUAACGAGGCUUUUUGUAUGGCUGUGUCAGCAGAUGGCAGAUCUUACUCUCCUGAACUCUUUCAAAAGACCACAAGUGUAUUACAAAAAAUUGGAAAAUCUCCCACUAUGAUCAACCAAGUGGAUUCCCUGAGAGACAAGAUAGAGAUUGUGCGGGUGCGGCAGGCCGCUGAGGAAGAAUUGUAUGCUGAUGCUCCAGAUGAAUUCUUGGAUCCCAUCAUGGGUACUCUUAUGAAAGACCCUGUCAUUCUACCCUCCUCCAAAAAUAUAGUGGAUAGAGCCGUAAUAGCCAGACACAUCCUGAGCGACCAGACUGACCCGUUCAACAGAUCCCCUCUGUCAUUGGACAUGGUUGUUCCUGAUGUGGACCUGAAGAGGAGAAUAGACAUUUGGACUCAGGAGAAGAAAAGGUCAUCAUGACGACAUUUUAAGACUAUUUAUGUAUAUGGAAGAUUUUUCAUUUGGAGAGGAGAGUUCAGUACCCUCGGCAUUUAAUUUCAGUCAGAAUUGUCUGGGAGUUUAAGAUUCAUAUGCAAAGAAUGUGUUUUGAGACUUUUUACUACGUGUAUUGAAUUAACAGGAAUGUAUUCUGUCUAGGAACAUUACAUAUACUCCAACAGUAGGCUAUAUAAAUGUGUUGUAUAAAUUGUUUUUCAAAUAUUAUCAGGUUAAAUUUUGGAUGUAUGAGCAAAUCAUUGGAUUACCAAAUUUUAUCCUGUUCAAUUUUGUAUGCAUGGGCACAUUGUAAGCAUAUUUAGUCUUUUAACUUAAUGUUGCAUUGGUUUAGUUCUCCUUCAGUUCUUCAUCUGUGAUACUGUAAAUAGAAUAAUGAUGCUAGUAUUAUAGGUGCAAUCUUAAUGUGUUUGUACUGUAUUUGUUUAUUUGCUAAUGUAUUAGUGGCUUAUUUGAGCUUUUCUCAUUCAAAUUUUCAUGUUUGUCAUCCGUUUGCAAACUUUCCACAAUAUUAACUUUUCUUCAACCCCACUGCACCAUUAUCAUCUAAAUUUUUCUCAAAGCCUUGUUGUCUCAGAGGGGCAGAUCAUUUUAUAUUUUCAUUCAUUCCUGUGAAUUUAUAGGAUUACAAACUGCCACAUAGAUAUGUAAGCAUUAUGUUUUGUAGUUUAUUUAAACAAGAUGAACCUUGAUUUGGGGUGGAGAUGAAUUAAGUAAGGUUAAGUUUAAACUUUAUUUAUUUCAAUUAACAAACAAAUUCUACGAAUUAUGUUAGUGGGCAACCACAAUACCCUCUUGCACUCAACUACUGCCGAUCAUGAGGAUCAAACUCGGGGUCACAGCAGCUAGAAGGGAGUGCGUUAACCACUAUCUGGACAUGCUAAAAUGAUGAAUUAGAUGUUAAUGAUAUUUUGGUUAUUAGUGCUCAGAGGAUAAAGACUGGUGUUUGUUGGGGCUGGUUUACAUAAUAUACCUGCAUCUGAUGGAAUGCUUGUGUCCUGAAAGUAACAGCUGGAUUUAUUGUAAACCAGUUGACAAUUUGUUGAAAGACACAGUAAUUUGUUUAUGUAUGCAAUAUUUGUAUAGCUUCUUCUAUCUGAACUAAUAUAUUGAUUGCAUAACUACAAUGUAGGUGCUUGUAACUUUUGAUAUUUUGAAUAUAUUUGUAGAUGUACUACAAGUAAAUUGUUACAUCACCAAUUUAAUUUUAUCAUAAACUUCUGAUGUAUGUGAGAAAUUUUGUUUUGGUUGGUUGUUGAUUAAUUAAAUAUUCAAUUAUG